AUGUCGCUCACUCCUCCGGCCUAUCUCAGCUCGCUGCAGAACAACAUCCGCGCCCGCCCAAUCCCCUGGGAUGGUGCUGUUCGUGCUGGAAACCUCACUGAGGACCACCUCAAGAAGAUCAGAGCUGUCGACAAAGUGAGAAAAGAGCAACGCAAGCAGACCAUUGAGAAAGAUGUUCAAAGCUUCAGUGCUCUUUUGGUCGGCGGCAAUCAAGGUGGGAGUGUCCUAGACAAAGCGUCUAAACGUAGCGACAUUCUACAAUAUAUUCUGGUCCUGGCUACAGAUCUAAUCAAUGAUGUGCCUGAACUGGCAUCAGCUAUACUUCAACAGCCUGAGCCUUACAAGCCAUUCAUCUCACUCCUCGACCAAAGCAGUAACCCUGAAGAUCCCAUUCCACUGUUCGCUGCUACGUUUCUGGUCAAUCUUAUCUCCGCCUCCCUCACUACUUCGCCCAAGCCCGCCCAGAGAGACGAGCAGGCACUCCCACAGCUCUAUAAGUAUUUGUGUAAAUUGGUCAAGAACCAGGACAGUGGCUUGCAAGACAUUGGAGUGCAGCACUUUUCCCAAUUACUACGCACCAGCCGAUCCAAAGAGCUAUUCUGGAAACAGAAGAACGAAACUGUUGAUCCUCUAUUUGAUAUCCUGAGAAAGGCUAUCGGUACAGCCAAAGACAACGACUCUGCAUUGUGGAGUGGUAAUGCAAGCAUCCGAAGCAGCGACACCCGAUUUGGUGGUGGUGUUGGCCUGCAACUCAUGUAUCAUGUAUUGCUUGUGGUUUGGCAACUAAGCUUCGAGGGAGAGCUAGUUGGAGAGGGAUUGGAGAACGACCAAGAAAUCAUUCCAUUGUACACCCAACUCUUGCGAGUGUCACCAAAAGAGAAGACCACUCGACUGCUCUUGGCAACUCUGAACAAUGUGCUCUCCACCAACCAGGAGACCUUGAUUGCAGCCGCAACGACGGCCAGACUUCCAGCGCUGCUGGGCAAUCUUUCGGGCCGACACCUGACAGAUCCCGAUCUUCUAGAAGACCUAGGCGCCCUCAAGGAAUUGUUGGAUGAGUACACGAAAAAUCAAACAACAUUCGACGAAUAUGCAGAUGAGGUAAACUCAGGACAUCUACGGUGGUCCCCACCCCAUCGAAAUCCUACCUUCUGGCGCGAGAACGCCCGGAAAAUCGUGCAGGACAAGCAGGGUGAACUUCCCAAGAAACUGGCCGAGAUUCUGGCCAAGGGCUGGGAGAACGAUAAGAAAGUGCUGGCAAUUGGAUGUAAUGAUGUGGGAAACUUGGUCAAGGAGGUGCCAGAACAACGCACAGCGCUCGAAAGACUGGGUCUCAAAGCGCGUCUCUUGGAGUUGAUGGGUGACUCCGAUGAGAGCGUCAGGUGGGAGAGUCUCAAGGCAGUUGGGGAAUGGAUGCGUUAUACGUUUGAGAAGUGA